GAGCCAUUGACAUUCGGGGAUGUGUCUAUUGAUUUCUCUAAGGAGGAAUGGGAGUGCCUGGAUCCUGCUCAGCAGAAUUUAUAUAGAGAAGUGAUKUUGGAGAACUACAGCAACCUAGUCUUUGUGGCCAUGACUUCUCAUCAUCCUCGAGAAAUUUUACCAGAGCAGGGAAUAAAAGAGAGAGAGGGAAGAUAUGGAAAGUGUGACUUUGACUAUCUACAACCAAGAAAACAAUGGGAAAAUAUAGAGAAGACCUACCAAUGUGAAGAAUGCAAUGCACUCAAGAACUUUACUCAACAUCACAGUGUUCAUAUAGAAGAUAUGCCAUGCAAAUGCAAAGAAUGUGACAAAACUUCUAAUAAAAGAUCCAAUCUUAUUUGUCAACAGUGGACACACCCUGGUGUGAUGCCCUACAUAUGUAAACAAUUUUGCAAAGAUUUCAGUCCAAAACCAAGACUUAAAAAUUACCAGAGAAUUCAUACUGGAGAGAAGCUCUUCAAAUAUAAAGUAUAUGGCAAAAGUUUUAAUAGAAAUUCACAUCUUGGUUGCCACAACAGGAUUCAUACUGGAGAAAAGCCCUACAAAUGUAAAGUGUGUGGCAAAAGUUUUAAUACGAACUCGCAUCUUGAUCGCCACAACAGGAUUCAUACUGGAGAGAAGCCCUACAAAUGUAAAUUGUGUGGCAAAAGUUUCAGUCAAAAAUCAUCACUUACUCAUCACCAGCGAAUCCACAGUGGAGAGAAGCCCUACAAGUGUAAAGAGUGUGGCAAAGCUUUUAAUAGCAUCUCACAUCUUUAUUGCCACAACUGGACUCAUACUGGAGAGAAGCCCUACAAAUGUAAAGUAUGUGGCAAGAGUUUCAGUCAAAAAUCAUCAGUUACUCUGCACCAGCGAAUCCACACUGGAGAGAAGCCCUACAAAUGUAAAAUGUGUGGCAAGAGUUUUAAUAUAAACUCGAAUCUUGAUCGCCACAACAGGAUUCAUACUGGAGAGAAGCCCUACAAAUGUAAAGUGUGUGGCAAGAGUUUUAAUACAAACUCACAUCUUAAUCAACAUAACAGGAUUCAUACUGGAGAGAAGUCCUACAAAUGUAUUGUGUGUGGCAAGAGUUUUAGUCAAAUAUCAUCACUUACUCGGCACCAGCGAAUUCACACUGGAGAGAAGCCCUACAAAUGUAAAGAGUGUGGCAAAGCUUUUAAUAGUACAUCACAGCUUAAUUGUCACCAAAGGAUUCAUACAGGAGAGAAGCCCUACAAAUGUAAAGUGUGUGGCAAGAGUUUUAAUCACAUAUCAUCACUUACUCGGCACCAGCGAAUCCACACUGGAGAGAAGCCCUACAGCUGUGAAGAAUGUGGCAAAGCUUUUAAUAGCAUCUCACAGUGUAAUUGGCACAAAAGUAUUCAUACUGGAGAGAAGUCCUACAAAUGUAAAUUGUGUGGCAAGAGUUUCAGUCAAAAAUCAUCACUUACUCAGCACGAGCAAAUCCACACUGGAGAGAAGCCCUACAAAUGUAGAGAUAGUGGCAAAGAUUUUAAUCAAAAUUCAUCACUUACUCUACACCAGAGAAUCCAUACUAGAGAGAAGUCCUAUAAAUGUGAAGAAUGGCAAAGCUUUUAA